UGCGCUGUUUCCAUCACCCUCUUCUCCCUCUUCUUGUCCUCUGCCACGCGCGGCUUGGACUCUCGAACAACUCCGUUUUCUGUUCUCUCACAGUCGUCUGCUUGGUCAGAUAGAUCUCCACUCCCAAAUCUCCACUCUACCAAAAGUUCUUGCAAAUCUUUUCUUGCGACCACUGCCUCAGCCACGUCGUUCCUGGAUAAAAGAAUACCAUUUCGAAACUUUCCGCAAAUUUUUUGCAACAAAAAUUUGGACUCCUCGCAGUCACUAACUAUAUCAUACCUUUCGACAUCUGCGAGUCACACACUUCAAUCUCAGAGGGCGUUCCACGCUCGAGAAUGCCGCACCCCGUAUCGCCGCCCCGCACACAGCCCACCAUGAUUUCAAAAUCCGCAAAUGGCCCUGCGCCAACACAGGAAGAAGUCUCUGGGAUGCUGAAUACAAUCUUCACCGCACCAUCCUCUGAUGCUUCGAUUGCGGCAUCAUAUGCGUUAUGCGAUCUUCUCCUGAAUUCGGUAGGAUUUCGCGGAUUGAUUCAGUACGGUAUCCUUGCAGAGAUCAAGAAGGCGGCAGCCGAUAAGAAGAGCGGACUGCGAAGAGAGAGCGCUCAAAACUUGCUCGGCGCUCUUUUCGAGCGUCUACCACCGAAGCAGAAGAUCAGCGAAGUUGCACUAUUGCUCCAAGACGGUGGCAUGGUUGCUUGUGCUCUGGAUGCUUUGUCAGAUAAAGGUUCAGUCGUCCGUGAUGCGGCGCAAUAUGGCCUGGACGAGCUGUUCAAGAAUCUGUCCCCCGAGGCUCUGGUCAUUGGUUUGAUGCCAGGGCUCUGCACAUAUCUCGGAAAGCGAUCAGGAAAAUGGCAGGGAACCGUUGGAGGAUAUAAGCUACUGCAGAGGAUGGCAGACAAGGCAAAGAUGGAAGUCGGUACAAGCAAAGAGGAGGCCAAUGACAAGGAUAUUCUGAGAGAUUCAAUGGGCACAAAGUUGGCAGGCUUGAUUCCGAUUGUUGAGGCUGGCAUGCACGAUUUGAAGUCCGAGGUUGAGAAGCAAGCCGUUGCGACCAUGAACUCAUUGACCAACCUUCUUUCCAACGACGAUGUCGCCCCACGAAUCCCUCUUCUCAUUGCCACGAUGCAAAAUCCUUCGACCGAGACCCUUCAAAAGGCAAUUCACGCUCUCUCCCAGACUACAUUUGUUGCGAUCGUCACUUCUCCAGUCCUCGCUCUACUCACCCCGCUUUUGGAGAGAUCUUUGAACACCCCCACAACCGCCCAGGAAGUUCUCAGACAAACUGUUGUCGUUGUGGAGAAUUUGACCAAGCUUGUUCAUGAUCCUGUUGAGGCCAGAACUUUCUUGCCAAAACUGAAGCCUGGUGUAAAGGCCGUUCAAGAUCGUGCUUCGUUACCAGAAGUCCGAGAAAUGGCAACUCGUGCAUUCAAUGUUAUCAACAAGGCUAUGGGCGACGAUGAUGGAGUUCUCGCUAGCGGUGCAAUUGCCCGAACCACUCAGGAAGAUGUUGCGACAAUUCUCGAGAGUGAGAUCAAGAAAGCUGGUGGUCUCGGUGGGAAUCUCGAUACUUUCAAGCUUUUGAGACCAUAUGUUUGCGGCAUGGUUGCUGAGGAUGCCAAUUUCCGACAAACAGCCCGUAUUUCGGCUAGAGUUACUCCAUACCUUGAGCACAUCAUGAAGGAUGCUGGAGCAGUCGAAAAAGUUGGUGCUGCAGUCCAACAAUUUUACGUGGAUGAAGAUGCCCGAAAGUUUGGUGUGCCAGUAAAGGAAGACGAUGGGGAGAUUGAGAUUGUGAAUGCCGACUUCUCUCUAGCCUAUGGUGGAAUGCUGUUAUUGUCCCACACCAACCUUCGACUCCUCAAGGGCCACAGAUACGGUCUUUGCGGCAGAAACGGAGCCGGAAAAUCUACUUUGAUGAGGAGUAUUGCAACUGGCAAGCUUGAAGGAUUUCCUCCCCAGGAUGUACUCCGAACAUGUUUCGUUGAGCAUAACCAAGGCGAAGAUGCAGACAUCAGCAUUCUGGAGUUCGUUUCAAAGGAUCCCGCAAUCGGUAAUCAAGGCAAGGAGCGUAUUUCCGAAGUUCUCUCCGAAGUUGGCUUUACUGCAGGGCCUAACGGACGCCAAUCUGAAAAGGUUGGUUCUUUGUCAGGUGGAUGGAAGAUGAAGUUAGCUUUGGCCCGUGCGAUGUUGAUGAAGGCCGAUGUGUUGCUUUUAGAUGAACCUACCAAUCAUUUGGACGUAGCGAAUGUCAAGUGGCUGCAGGAGUAUCUGAAAUCUCACACUGAGAUCACGAGUUUGAUCGUCUCCCACGACUCCGGCUUCCUUGACGAGGUUUGCACAGACAUCUACCACUACGAACCAGGGAAGAAAUUGGCGUGCUUCAAGGGUAAUUUGGCCGACUUCGUCAAACAAAGGCCUGAGGCCAAGAGUUACUACACUUUGUCAUCCUCCAACGUCCAGUUCAAGUUCCCUCCUCCCGGUAUAUUGACUGGUGUCAAGUCACAGACAAGAGCAAUCCUUCGUAUGACAAACUGCUCUUACACUUAUCCUGGAGCAUCGAAGCCCUCCAUGGUAGAUGUCAGUUGCCAACUGUCCUUGUCCUCCAGAACAGCUAUCAUUGGUGGAAAUGGUGCCGGAAAGUCAACUUUGAUCAAGAUGUUGACUGGUGAAACUGUCCCUACCACUGGCCGUGUGGAAAAGCAUCCCAACUUGCGUAUUGGGUACAUCAAGCAGCAUGCUCUUGAGCACGUCGAAAUGCAUUUGGAGAAAACACCUAACCAAUAUCUUCAAUGGAGAUACGCCAACGGUGACGACAGAGAAGUCCACAUGAAGCAAACCCGUAUCUUGUCUGACGAAGAUAAGGCGCAAAUGGAGAAGCUGGUCGACCUUAAGGAUGGUAUGGGAGGUAAACGCAUCGAGGCAAUCAUGGGUCGUCAAAAGUGGAAGAAGUCCUUCCAGUACGAGAUCAAGUGGGUCGGCAUGCUCCCGAAGUACAAUUCUCAAGUCUCUCGAGAAACUCUUGUCGAGCUCGGAUUCAACAAGUUGAUUCAAGAGUUCGACGAUCACGAAGCUUCUCGUGAGGGUCUUGGUUUCCGUGAGCUGUCUCCAAAGGUCAUCUCCAAGCAUUUCGAAGAUCUUGGUUUGGAUCCUGAGAUCGCAGAUCACAACGAGAUUGGUGGUCUUUCUGGAGGUCAAAAGGUCAAGGUUGUGCUUGCUGGUGCCAUGUGGAACAAUCCCCAUCUUCUCGUUCUUGACGAACCUACCAAUUUCUUGGAUCGUGACUCUCUUGGAGGUCUCGCAGUCGCUAUUCGUGACUACAAGGGUGGUGUCGUCAUGAUUUCCCAUAACGAAGAGUUCGUUGGUGCGCUUUGCCCUGAACAAUGGCACGUUGAGGCUGGUCGUGUUACCCACAAAGGACACUUGGCCGUGGCUGCCGAUCGAUUCGAAGAUCUCAGCCGUCCUUCAAGCGGAUUCAACAGCAGUGUUGCAAGCAGUGCUGUCAGCAGUGCCAACGCUAGCGCUGUCAACAGUGGUGCCGAGGAUAAUGGUAGCGAUAUGGCUUUCAGAGCUAAAAAGAAGAAGAAGAUGACCAAGAAGGAGCUUAAGGAGAGAGAGGUCAGAAGAAGAUUGAGACAUAUUGAAUGGCUCAACUCGCCCAAGGGUACUCCCCACCCUCCAGACACGGACGACGAGUCGUAAAUGUCAUACCCACACCAAUACAUAUCAAAAGUUCAUCCACAUCGACAAGGGAAGAAAGGGGAGGAAAUGUAAUCAUGUGCAAAGAUAACAAGAAGAUAGAGAGAGUUCCUAGAUGCAUGCAUUUGGAUUUUGACUGUUUUUCGGCAGCAUGCAUGCACGCAAAAGAUUCCUAUAGAGACGCACGAAGGGGUGCUUUUGAGAAUGGCGUUGGCAUUAUAGACAGGGUAUGGGAUCAACGUGUCUUGUUGUUUCGUUUCUAGAAUUUCUUUUGUUGAGCAUGUGGGCUCCUUGUAGAGAGGUGCGGUGCUAUGCUAUGUAGGACAAUCGUAAUUCUAUUGCGAGCCUUGAAAAGUCUUCCU